AUAUAAUAUGGAGCGACAUUUGGUUGUGGAAACCGUGUUUAUGCUGAAAUUAUUUCUGUAACUGAAUAUUUCCGUUUUUAUUUCCGUGUAAUUAUGUCUUAAAUACAAUUAUGAGCUUCAAGCGCGUUGUUAGUAGGCAAUAAACUUUUAAAAUAUGUCACAACAAAAAUUAGGAUGUUUAAGUAUUUCGCCUAUUUUGACAAGUUAUAUAUAAUGACAUUGUCAGUAUCUUGUCGCACUAUCUACAGGUUGUGUCAUAUUACGCAUAUAAUUUGUUCAUAGUAGAGAUUUUUGAGUAUCAACCUUUCUAUUUUCCCUCUCUUUUUGAUAAAACGGCAAUAGAACUUCAAAAUAUAUCCGUAAGGUGUACCACAAAAAUAUUUCAACUAAAAGCAGCACUCAAAUGCUUUCGUCCUUAUGUUUGCGUUUCCUGUGGACAGAGUCCGGCUUAUCCUUGAAGUAAAAUGGAAUGUUGCAUACUCAAGUACGUUUUUACUCUGGAUGGUUAACUCUUGAAGCGUUAUUUCUCACUGUGGGUCAAGUUUGCUUUCAAAACCGUGAUUUGUAGCGAGUUCACUUCGAAAGUUUUUGUGUUGGGGUCAAGUUAUUCUCAUCUGAGAUAACACAUUCUGAGGCUUUUUGUAAUUAGACGUAAGUAUUUGCUGGGUUUUAUCAGUUAUCACCUCAUGUUAUCAGGUUUAGUCAAUGAGAAUAAAACCGAAAUUCUAUCUACUUUCAGCAGUUUGGUGGUAGAUAUUUUAAAGCAUUUGUAUGUUGAAAAUAAACUGACUUUUUGCAAAGCUGAUAUAUUUAUUUUCCAGCGAACAUUUGAAGUUUUUUUUGAGAAAAUAAAUUACUGAGUCAGCCUUCAUUCAACAACUUUUGUUGCUGGCUUUUCCUUAGAGCCUUACCAGACUAAGGCGAACAAGGCACAACGUUAUCAUUUAUGUCCAUAGCCCGACACUGCAUUAUAGUAUUAUUAACUUUCUUCAAAUUGUUUAUUGAACCAAAGACUUACAAGUCCGAAUGGUCACUAGAAUCUGAUUACAUUUUAGCUUACACAACACUGUUUUACAUUAGUUGAUGAAAGUUGUUUGUUGAUAUAUUAAGUGAAAAGCUUUUUAACACAUCUUACUUUAAAAUUUCAGCUGCAUUUCGCAAAAGUUGGAUAUUAUUUGUACAGCUUACUAACCAUGUCUAAUUCAAAAUACGAUUAACAAUGUUCGACAAAAUACCAUUAAAACCUUCAGCACAUCUGUUUAUCACAUUCCUAUAGGAUUUUAACUAUAAAGUAUUUGUACGGUAUUGAUGAUAUAAAUGAAAGUUCACUCUGUUACGACUGAAAAACGACACUUUAGAAAUAGGUGCCUUUUUCUCAGUUUUUGAGUCAUUUACAUAACAGUUAUCUGCAACAAUCUUGACAGAAACACUGAGCCAUUUGUUACUGAUAACAAACGGGUAUGUCUACUCUGAGUGUUUUUAAUAAGAAUUCGGUAUCAUUUAGUUUGUUUAAUUUUAAGCAAAUGACAGCUAGAUGGAUACUUGAUUAAUAAUUAUGUACCUUAUGAUUAAAAGAAAAUAAUGUCAAGUAUACAUAAUUUUUGACAGAAGACAAUUAUCUUUCAUCAUAUUGGCUAAUAUAAGUCUAACUGCAACUCAAAACAAACAAAAUCCAAAUUAGACAUAAUUUUUGUAUUCAAAGUGAUUGGUAAAGAAUUUAUUUCUGCCUUGCUGAGAUUUGUAGGGACAAUAUCAGUCAUGUAUUCUGAACCUAAAAUUGACGUUAUGAUUAGCCUAAUGUCUUGCUUUUCAUUCUGUCACAAUUAUAGUUCAGUAGUUUUAAUUGAUAUGUAGCUUUUUCUGUUUUCUCAAUGAAUCUUCGUUAUAUUGAAUGAUAAGUUUAAGUUCUUCAGUUACUUGAAGAUAUCCUACCUCAAUUCGAGACCUCAACUUGCAAAGUUUUAAGUUGUGCAGUUUACUGUUCUCUGAUGGACACAUUAUUUAGCAGAUGGCUAGUUAUAUUAGGAUCUUGGACCACUUUCAUUCUACUAGACUGUAAAUAACUGACAAAAUGCAUUGUAACUGCUUUGCUUAAAUUUUGGAAAGUGGUCAAUUCCAUAACCUGCUGUCAGUAAAUUCUAAGGUCUGUAUGGAACGAUGAAACACCAUAAAACACUUUAAUUUUAUAGCUCUCUACUUAAAACGACACUUUUUAUCACAGUGUAAGCAAGGUACUCUUUGAAAAAUAAAAACUUUUGAAUCUGUAAUUUCUCUGGAAGAUUGUUAAUGUUAAUAACUUGUUUGUCAUAUUUAAUCAGAUUUUUACCUAUGUUCGAUUCAUUGUAAAUCAAUUCAAAAAGUGAUAUUUCACAGAGCUGUAAUUUUAUUGUCAUAAUCACACUAGUGUAGAACAGUGAGUAAGUACAUACAUUUCAUUUACUGAUAUGUAAGUUCGUCUUUUAUGUCAGGAAAUGUGUGACAAAAAUCUUAAGUUCUUCUCCUAUGAUUCCUUAGUUCACAUGUAAAGGAUCAAUUUUACACAUUGCCUUUCUCUUUCAGAUUUUUUGUGUAUGUAUAUUAUGCUUCAAUUCUUAUAAAGAACUGAAGACAAGGCUAUCGAAAAGUGCAGAAGUUUCUAAAUCAAUCCGAUUUUCAUAGAUAUGUCGUAUCUUAAGGAUUUUCCUAUACGUCUUGAAUCGUGGCUAGACGUUUGGGAUGUUGACUCAAUUGAGAACUGUUACUCUGAAUGGAAGUACUUUGCUUACAAUCUUCCUAGUCCCGUUUGGAUGAAAAAAUUUUGCAUCAUUCUUGAGAACGAACAAAGAUUUUAUAUUUUCAACUCAAAACAUGAUUCUUCUUCUUUAUUGUCUCCACCUCAUAUUGGAAUAUCCACCAUCAACGAUACAGCUUAUCAUGCUUUGCAAAAUAUCGCAUAUAAAGCUUUAUCAGAUGACAUUGACAAUAAUAACAUUAAUCAUUACUCUAUCAACAGUAAUACUGACAAUGACGACGACAUAAAGAAAUGUAUCAUAAAGAAGUAUCAUAGAAAUAAUUCACUUCAACGAUGUUUAAUGAAUAAUUCUUUUGAAGAUCUGAAUAAUACAUUACAAUAUCAUCCACUAUACGUUAAUACCACUAGUAAUAAUAAUAAUGAAUUAAUAAAUUCCGAUAAUAAAACGUUAUUGAAAAUUCACAAAUUUCUGCUUCGUAUGAAAAAUCAUUUCUCUCGUCAAACCGAACACACACAAACUCACGUCGAUCCCUCAAUGCUCUCUUCAAACCGAACUUUUAACAGUUUUAUUAGAGAAGAUCAAAUAAACGGUAAUUUUAUGGAUUCAUAUACUGAAAUACCGAAAGUACAAACAUUCUCAUCAUCUCCAUCAAUUUCAGUUAAAUGUAUUCAUUUAUUAAAUGGGAAAAAUAUGUCAAGUGACAAUAUUAAUCAAAAUGAUAUGAAUCAUCUAAGAAGUAUACACAGAAGACAGCGAAAAAUUAAGAGACGACAAAGUCUAAAAUCAUUUAUUCACUAUUCACCUCAAAAGCUUAACAGAAAUAAUAAUUAUAUAUCGAAUCAUUUUGAUACAUUUAAACGAAGUUUAAGUUUUCAACAAAUUAAAUCAAAUAAUAAAAAUAAUAAUCCUAAAUCAACAUUCAUUUCAACUGAUUCAUUAUUGUCAUCUUCAUCAUCAGUGAAUUCCAAUGGAAAUGUUGAACAUUCUAAGAAUAAAUUGAAACAAAAUUCAAUAUUCAUGAUGGAAUCACAAUUUCAACAAGUAUCUCAUAUUUCAUCAGAUAAUAUUUAUUUACCGUUUAGUAAUGAUAAUAAAAAUCCUAAUAAUACAUCCAUACAAACGGAAGAUAAUAAAACCUUUUACAAUCCCAAUAGGGAUAUUUCACUUCAGAACUGUUUAAUUACAAGAAAUUCUCUGUUUCCGAGUACUUCAUCAUUACAAUAUACUGACUUUAAGUAUAAUAACAGUAAAUGUGAUCUUAGUUCAACACUUGUAUAUUCUCUUGCUCAACCUGGUCAAAUCAAUGUUAGCACAAUACAUCAAAGUUUAACUGGUGGUCGUCCAUUUUGUUUUGUUUUUACUGGACCACUUGUACAAAUGCCUUCUAUAGAAAAAAAUGUAUGCUUAGAAGAUAAAACUUUAUUCACUCAUAUAUUUGCUACAGAGAGUUGGGAAUCACGUGCUCGAUGGAUAAAAAGUCUUCGAAGGACAGCAAAACCCAAUUUGGAGAAUGAAUAUCAUCUGGAAAAUUCCUUGAAAUUAUCAAUUUUAGAAGCAAGAAAUAUCCCACCAAAGCGCCGUUACUACUGUGAUAUUUGUUUGGAUCGAACUUUGUAUGCGCGUACUACCAGUAAGACAGCUGUUUCAGGCAUAUUUUGGGCGGAAGAUUUUGAUUUAAAUAAUCUUCCAAAUGUUUCUGUAAUGACAAUCAGUUUAUAUCGAGAAGGUGGGUCAACCAGUAGAGAUUCAAGACGGAUUGGGGCGUCGAGAUUAAGCUUGAAAAAGAACAGAAAAACUCAAAAUCAAUUAAUUGGUUACAUCACAAUACCCGUUACCGAAAUAUCUAGUCGUAGUGACAUUCAGACAUGGUUAACUUUACAACCUCCCAUCGAAAAUUCUUCAAGUCAAGACAAUUUACUCAGUAGUUUCGAUAUAACUUACACAGAUUCUCAACAAUUUGAUAAAUUAAAUUCUGUAAAACUAAAUAAGCUCAAUUCGUCAUCGUUAAACCUAUUGCAUAAUCAUUCUUAUAAUAAUGGAAUAACAGAUCAGACAAAUUUUCCACAAUUACGUAUUCGUGCACGCUAUCAAUCACUUGGUGUAUUACCAUUGUGCAAUUAUUGGCCUUUAAGAACGCUUGUACUAAAUAAUAGUUUAUUGUUAACGAAUUGGUUAGAAUCGUUAUUAAUAUCUGUUAAACUCAAAGAAGAAUUAGCAAAUUCACUGGUUUGUUUACAUGAAAAUAAUAACACCCUGAUUGAGUUUUUGACCAGUUUAGUUGUUCGAGAAGUUUCUGACUUAGAAAAUGAAUCAAUGGCAUUUCGAUCAAAUACAAUGGCAACGAAAGCUGUAGAAUGUUAUGUAAAAUUUGUCGGUUCAUCUUAUCUUCAUCAUUUAUUUCACUUGUUAAUACAACGUGUGCUAACAUGUUUUACACCUUGGGAAGUUGAUCCAGAAAAACUAUCUUCAACUCAAUGUACUGGUGGUUCACUGAAUGCAACUGAUACUGCUGCAUAUGCUUUAUCACCCGGAAAUAUGUUAAAAAACCAUCGAUCAAUAAUAACUGGCACUUUAAUUGGCAAUCAACUAAUGCUGUUAAGAUAUUUUGAUGUUGUUUGGCGAGCUAUUCAAUCCAGUUUGAAUUAUUUCCCAAGUGUACUCAUUCGCUUAUUCAGUUCAUUUCGUGAAGCAUUAGAAACAGUUCGUGGAUCAGAAUUUUGUGAUAAUUUAAUAUCUGGUUGUAUAUUUUUACGACUGAUCUGUCCAGCUUUACUUUCACCUUCCUUGUUUGGUUUAAUCAGUGCAUUUCCCAGUGAACCAGCAUGUCAACGUAACCUCACACUGCUAGCUAAAUCAUUGCAAUCAUUAGCUAAUUUUAGUACAUUCGAUGAUAAAGAACCUUAUAUGAGAUUUUUAAACGGUUAUGUUUCUUAUCAGUUGUCAUUGAUGCGAAUGUUUAUUCGAUCAAUAUCACCAUCUUCACUGAACUCACAUAACAAUGAUAUGAUUCAUAAUGUUGUUACCGGUUCUGUGACAGUUGACAAUAAAAUGUUAUUAUCAUCGCCAACAAACAGUUCACAUCAGGCAAAAAGAUCAACCUUAGUAAAAACACAAAAUAAUGUCAAAGAUACAAUUGAUGAGAAUUGUGAAUUGGCAAAUCUUCAUCUUAUAUUAUCAGAUGUGAUGUUUUCUGAUUCAACAAUAUCUGCUACAAGUAAUGAUGAUACUUUACUAACGGGAACUGUUAAUACCACUACUACUAGUACUACUAGUGCUAUUACAAAUACUGUACUGUUUGGUAAUAACAAUUAUCUGAUAACAGUCAAUCCUACUUGUGAUACAAAUUUUUUAUCGAAUUCUACAACAGUGCUUGGAAAGAGUGCUACUACUUUCCUUAAAACUCUCAAUUCUACUGUUAUGGCCAGUUUACCAAAUGAAUUAUGCACACUUCCAAAAAUACUAGAUGAUAUUUCACGUGCAUUACAAUGCAGUUCAUUAACAAGGUGUUUAAAUUAUGAUAAAAGUGUAUAUUCUGUAAAUAAUAAUGAUACUAAUCAUAACAGUAACCAUUAUAAUAGUAAUAAUACAAAUAAUCUUUUAAAUUCCACUUCUACUAAUAGAUGUCAACAGUCCAACUUUUUAAUCUCUUCAUCAAAUAAUAUAAAAAAUAAUGUUGACAUUACUGAUGUUCAUAGCAGUGAACAAUCAAUCAAUUCAAUUUAUGCUCAUCAUACAAAUUCACAAAUGACUACACCAUAUUAUACAUUACAUUAUAAUCCAGGUUUUCAUAAUCCAUUAUUAAUGGAUAAUCAUAAGAAUUCAAAUGGAUUAUUAAUACCACAAUUGAAACAGUCAACAUCAUUAACUGGUCUACCAUCGGAUAUAUCGAGACCAAAUCCAAAUGAUUAUGAUGAACCAUAUAUAAGUAAUGAUGAAAGUGAUCAUGGAAUAAAUGAUGCUGUUAAUAUUAAUCGUUUGGAUGAUGAAAUAAUCGACAAGAAUAAAAUGAAAGAUAAAAAUAAUGACUAUUCUUUUCAGCAUCAAUCGUCAAUAUCAGUUACUAAAAUUAUGGGACUGGAAAAGUGUAACUAUUCAGAGAAUCAGAAGAAAUAUGAACAGAAAUCAAUUAGUUUAGACAAAUUAAACGAUUUAGAUAAUGAACAUAUCUAUGAUACUGUACCAUUUUCAUCCUCAUCUUCUCGAUCGUCAUCAUCAUCAUUGACAAAAAUAUCGUCUAAGAGUCAGUUAAGUAAUUUCAAUCAGUCAACAUUGAAUAAUUAUGAUCACACACUACACAGUGAUACAUUGGACGUCACUAAACGUCAGUCAGAUAAAAUGAAUCUACUGAAUGUCAGUGAUCAAUCAAUCAUAAAAUCGAAUUCAUACAAAUCUGUAUCAUUAACAAAUAAUAGACUGACAUCCUCUGAAAUUGUUCCAACAAAUGAAACUGAAAAUAAUUCAAGUACAAAUUCUCUGCACAAUAAUAAUAAUAUUAAUAGUAUUUCACCAAGAUUAUUUCCGAGACAAGUUACAACAGCAAAUGUAAUAUUAACUAAACCAAGUAUUAUGUGUUCAUCUAGUGAUUCAACAAAAAUAUCUAAAGUUCAAAGACAAUUUCGAUCAAACAAUAACAGUCGUGAAAAUAUAUUUGAUAGGGAUGUGGAUAACGAUCAAUUCUUUUUCGGUACAUCAACAAAUACUGUUCCAUCGAACUUGCCACAAAAUUAUCGUCAUCAUCAUUUUCCAAGUAAUUUAUCAAAUAAUUAUUCAAAGAACAAUACAUACACUUACAGUAAAAAUAUUUUAUCAUCAGUCUCGACAGAAGAACUGCUUAGCCAAUCAGAUACCACUUCAUAUAAUAUGAUUCAAAUGGAAGAAGAUAGUUCUAAUUAUUCAUUAGCCAAUAAUACAAAUAAUACUACUAAUGCCGCUGAUACUUCUGCCGACAAGAAUAAUAAUAUUAAUAAACAACCGAAAGAAUUAUUCAGUGAAGUAGCUCGCCUACGUUAUGAGUUAUUGUUAUCACGUCAAGAUGCUUUACAAGCAGCUGAUCGAUUGAGUAAACAAGAAACUGAAAUUUAUCAACUUCGUCAAUUAUUAGACCAACUUAUCAAUAAUAAUAAAAUCAAUACUACCACUAAUGGUAAUAAUAAUCAAUCCAUCCAUUUAAAAGUACCAAAAUUAAAUAUUCAUUCUGAUUAUUGUACAAAUUUACAGGGAAAUGAAUUGAAAUCCUAUAGUGAUAAACAGUUAUAUUCACGUAAGCAAGCAGUUCCGAUUACUACUAAUACUACUGGUGUUAAUUGCUUACAGAAUUCAACAAAUAAUAGUAACAAUAACAAUGAUGCCAAUGUUUUACAAACUGUAACUGCUACAUUUAAAGAAUUAGAUGAUGCUAUGGCAAGACUUGAAUUAGAACAAAGUGAACUGCUUCGUGAACAAGCUCGAAUCCGUGCACGAAUCGUUGCUGCACGUCCAAAACAGCUAUCAUCACGUUGCAAACAAUCUAAUUCCAAUUCUCUCUUAUCUCGUUCAACCAAAUCAACUAUUCAUCCAAGACAAUUUGAUUCUUCUUUGUCAAAAAUGCCAAAUAAUUUGGCAAAUCAUGGAUUAUUUAGUCCUAGUGAUCAAAUGAAGUAUACAAAUUCUCCUCGUACAAUUACCAAUAACAAUAUUCAUAAUAUAAAUAAUAAUCAUAACAAAUUACAGCAUGAAAUUGUUGAAGGUAUCCCUAAGAUUUCUUUUUCAUCAGCUCGAACAACUUCACCACAUAUUUAAAGAAUAGAAAGCAUUUAUAUAUAAUGUUUUGUCAGAUGCUUCGUUUUGUUUUUUUUAGGAACCCACCAUGCAUUUCAAUGAGUCUCAACUAUUAUUACCAUGAAUAAAAUGUCUCCAUAUAGUUAUUAGUUGAUUCUUAGAAACGAAAUUGUCAAUUGUUGCCAAUUGUUAGUUUUGUUAACAACUUGCUGUCAAGUGUAUUUGGUUUUAGAGCUUCUUCAUUACUUUUGAAUUAUUACGAAAUUUCAUAAUUUACAAGUAAAUUAUAUGUAAAUCAAUGAUGUAUAUUUCUGUAUGUAGAUAGAGAUGUUACCUUCGUUUUAACUUCAUUUCUGUUCAAUGAAGCACAAAUUAAACUUCUCUUUUGAUGUUCUACAUUAUUUUCUAUCUAAAAAAUAACAAUGUUGAUUCUAUUCAUCUUUCGGUGUUUUAAAUCACAGAUCUAUAAUGUUUUCCAAUGACAUCAAAAAUUAAUGUGAUAUGGUUUUGUCAACUUUAUAUGAAUGUAAAGUUCAACUACUUAUAAGUAGCAGUACAAAUAUGUGAAAAACAUAUUUACAAAGAAUUUAAGUAAUAUCUUAUAGGUAUCGUUAGUUUAUGAAUAUUUAAUUUUGAGAAAGUAAAUUCUCUUAAAUAUUUAAGCAAAUUUUCAAGAAACAUUGUAAUGAUAUUUUAUGUGAAUUCUUGUUAUUUGUACUUUUCUGUAAUGCAAUAAUACAAAAAUAGAGAAUCAUGAAACUAAUAGAUUGUUUUAAAUUUAAAC